AUGGCCCCCUCGCUAGCCCCGCUGCGUCGAACCACGGGGCUCACGCCCACCAACGCCCGCGCUCCGGCCGCGACCGCGCUCACCGCGGCCCUGCCGCGCCCGCGCCCUGCACCACUGCUAGCUGCGCAUCGCAGCGCUGCUGCGCCCGCGCUCGCGGCGCCCCGCCCGCGUGGCCCUGCUCUGCCUUGCCGCCCGGUUCCCCUGCUGCCGCCCGCACGCGCCGCCCCUCCCCACCGCGUUCCGCUCCGCCCGGCCGCGUCGAUGUCCUGGCCAAUCCCCCGCUUGCUGCUCCUCCCGCGGCUACGGCUCCGCCGCCCCAGCGUGCCCACUACGGCCUCAGCGUCCUCCGUCCGGCGCUCGCGCUCGCCGUCGACCGCGGCCCCUGCACCGGCCCUUGCCUCGCUCCACCUCGCCGGGCCUCUCCCUCUCUGGUCUGCGCGCGCCGCCCCGCUCGGUGCGGCGGCUGGACCGGGCGGGUGCCAGUCGGGCUGGCGCCCGGCACCCAGCACCCACCGCCCGCUACGCCCAUUCGGGCUAUGCCCGCACCCGUAA